CGACGCAGUAUAAUCGCCCAUUCCUCCUCCACCAUUCUACCCGCCGCCAUGAAUCGAUAUUGAUCUUCUUUUCACCCUUUCCGCCCAUUCAGCCUGGCAAUCACAAGAUAUUGCACCUUCAGGGAUUAGCAUUCCCACGCGCGAGUCCAAUAUGAAUGCCGGACCUGCUGGUAGGGAUGAGCAGAGUUGGAAUGGGAGUGCUCGCUCGCCCGGUAGGGACCGUGGGGGUGAUCCUCCCAGGCGCUCUAGCCGCAGCAGGAGUCCGGUACGGGACGAUAGAGGUCGGGGUGGCGGUGGUGGCGGUGGUCACAACCCUGGAAACAAUCUUCACGUUUCAAACUUGAGCCACCGUGUUGAUACCCGUGACCUUGAGCAUGCGUUUACUAAAAUUGGCCGUGUCAAGAAGGCCUCGGUCAUGUACGACCCGCAUACCCGCGAGUCUCGUGGGUUCGGAUUUGUCACCAUGGAGACUUCUGAGGAGGCGGAUGCUGCCAUCACCGCGCUCAAUGCGACUGAACUCAUGGGGAAGACUGUCACCGUAGAAAAGGCUCGUCGCGGACGUGCGCGUACCCCGACGCCUGGGAGGUUUCACGGUCCUCCAAAGCGCAAUGACAAUGAGCGCCCGUACGACCCGCGUCCUUACGAUAGCCGUUACUCCCGUGAUUACGAUGGAUCGUGGUGGCCACCGUGACAAUGACCGCGGAUACGGCGGAGGUGGAGGCGGAGGCGGCGGUCGUGACUAUGAUCGUGGUGGCCGCAAUUACGAUAGGAGACACUAAAUGU